GGAACGGGAGUUCGAAGCCAGGGUUUCCGGAACGGUUUACCAGCGCUGCACAGCGGAAGUGUUGGUGUUGUUGCUGGCGGCGGGGUAAAGCGUCGUGCGGACGGGGCGAGCGGCUGAUGGCCGGUUCCCUGGAUUUCAAGACUCUUGCAGACCAGGCAUGCAGAGCAGCAGACAAAUUUGUCAACAUUUAUUAUGAAACAAUGGACAAAAGAAGAAGAGGGUUAACCAAAUUGUAUCUGGAUACUGCAACCUUAGUGUGGAAUGGCAACACAAUUUCAGGCCAUCAAGCACUUACUGAAUUUUUUGAAAUGUUACCCUCUAGUGACUUCCAAGUAAACAUGCUGGACUGUCAGCCAGUUCACGAGCUUGCUACUCAGGGGCAGACCACCGUUCUUGUAGUCACCUGUGGCACAGUGAAAUUUGAUGGAAACAAACAGCGAUACUUCAAUCAAAACUUCUUACUUACUGCACAAGAUACAGUGUGGAAAAUCGCAAGUGAUUGCUUCCGCUUUCAGGACUGGGCCAAUUAACUCGCUGCUUUAAUGGAAGGAGACUGUUGCAUUUCACUAUUUUGGAUUUAAUUCUGGAAGCAAAUAGUGGAAAAGUUGAAAGAGUAAACAACAUAGGAGGGGAAACAAAGAUCCUUUAUUUGGGAAAGCAAAAUGCCUCCACAUCUAUACUGAUAUUCAGGGUUUGAGUUUGGUUUAUAAUAGAUACUUUGAAGUCUGUAUGGUCUGGUUUUAAUUUGAAAUCUGUCAUUUUGUAUUCAUAUUUUCAAUUGCAUAUUGUGCUUUAUAAAUGGAUUUCAAUAAACAAUUUAGUUAAACCAU